AUGUUGGUGGAUCGACUUUCGUCUCUGUUCCGUAAUUAUUCUUGUUCGGUGAUUUCCCCCGUGUAAAAACGGUUGUACUUUCGCAGAGACGCGAAUUAAUUCUGGCCAAAAAAAUAUUGUAUAUAACGAAAUUAUAGUCGGCUGGUAACAAUAGCGAUGAGUUGUCAAACCCAGAAAUGUCAAUGUUUAGGAUGGAAACUAUAUGUAUAUAAUUCGUAUAAUGCAGACAAAUAAGGACGUCGGAGUUCAUAUAAUACUGUCUUAAAUAUUAAAUAAACGAAACAAUUCAAGUCCACCUAAUUAUAAAGGAUGAAAUACUGCAUGUUCCGAUUGUAUCAAUUCGAAAAUCGUUAUUUUUUACGCUGUGUCAGUACAUCAUUCCUGGGGCGCGAUACAUAUUUGGAGGUAUUAAAAACUUUUAGAUCGGUUCUUUCGGGCAUCUUAUAUAUUAGAGCUUUUGGUUUUAAGAAAGCCGGCGAAGCGGCGACGUUCACUUUAAAAUAUCGGCCCGGCCGGCGGAGAGAAAUCGUAAUUUUGUUUUGUUUUUUUUUUUCAUACGUACACCUAUCGUCUGCGGAGACUUGAACGCUGGGUACGCAAAAAAAAAAAAAAGUGCCGAUAUCGUCUGUUUUUAAACGUAUAUUAUUAUAACGGCGACGGAUUUAACGAGAACGGAACGACUUGUAAAAUGUCGUCUUGUCCGAUGUGCCGGGGAGGAGGAUUUUCGUAUGCGACAACAAGUGCAUAUAUGUAUUCUUAUUUGUAUGUGUAUGCGAACACGACAGUCUAGUUUUCGUCCGGAUUAGCCGAAAAACGCGUACAUAAUAUACCUAUAUAUAUAUACUGGUUACGUGAAUGGGUACUUGGGUUUUUGUUAUAUUAUUUGGUGGGUUUUUUUUUUUUUUUUUUUCCAAAACAGAUUUGGAAAUACGAUAAACGGGUUUCGUCGCGGGGCGCUCGUUAGCGAAAAGUCCGACAGUAGUGCGGCGAAAUGAACGACACAAAAAAAAAAAAAAAAAAAAAAAUGAAAUGAAAUGAAAAUAACUAAACUAAAAUUAUUGUGAUCCGCAUUCAGACGGGCGGGCGGGACGGCGAACGAAAUCCGAAAAAAAAAAAAAAUAAUAAUAAUAAUAAAACCUAAAAAAUACCAUUAUAUAAUUGGAAGUUUCUCGUAUACACCGCUACGAUAUUAUAUAUAGGUAUACAAUACGAAGAGUUUUCGUGCACAGUAUAAAUCGGAGCGACGAGUUUUUUUUUUUUUUUCUACCUUCAUCUUCGCGUCAAACCGGGCGAAUUUAAUAAUAUCACGGAGCGUAUACAUGUAUAUACGCACACACCGGGUAACCAUAUAAUAUAAUACUUUCGAACACGACAUGUGAUAAUUCUCCGACGGGCUACCGGGUUUACACUGCCUGCAAACGGACCGAAUUUUUGCGCCGCUCUUCGUUAAAACGACGACAAUCCCGCCGCCGCCGCCGCCGUCGUCGUCGUCUGCGGACCCGCUGCCGCAGCAGUAUAGAAGAAAAGCAGACGGCAAUUAUUAUACUUACUUUAUACUAGUCGACAUUGCGUCACGUCGUGCGCGGAGAAUUUAUUAACCUCUUCGCUUGUAACCCUCUUCCCCCCCACACACCCUCCCGCCACGCUCAACGAAAAUACGCGCGCACAGACAAGACAAAACCGAUAUUAAUUUUCGAUUGUCACGCGGGCACGCCGCCGCAUUUAUGACACAGACUUUGUGACGAACGUAUACGUUACAUCCUAUAUACGUGUAGCAAAAAAAAAAAAAUUAAAUUUUUUUCAUCCGCAACACCGCUAUAAAUGCGUCAAAAAUCAAUUUUCAAACGUCGUCGAAAAUCCGUCGAAUAUAUAUUGAUCCAUUAUAGGCGAGAUGCACCGUUUACUGUAGAGCGUAAUGGAACACCGAUAGUCCUACGGACAUACCGAUAGUCUAUACCGUAGCUCGUGUGGUUUCCUGGACCACUUAUUGUAUGCGUACGAGUUUGUAACGGACGGAACAAUAUUCGUACAAAGACAUUGCAAAUUAUAGAACGGGUUCGAAACGGUUUUGAGUCGACUUUAUCGGGGUUCUUUUGGUGUUUUAUUUUUUUUUGUAAAUUUACACUGCGAUCGCGUAUUGAUAAUGUCAAUUUUUUUUUUGUUUUCGCAGACGGCGUGGCCAAAGUGAUGAGCGUGGUGGAUACGUCUCCUCCGGCGUGGUACACCUACUACCCACGACCCGUGGCCGGAGCGGCGCAUCCGCGCGACCCUUCCAGCAUGCGCGAAAAGCACUCUAGCCCGCGAAAAAUGGUCACCGCCAUGCCAGCGGUGGUGCCGUGCGUAUCACCCAAACAGGGUUCUGUGUACCCGACGAACCAUCACCGUCACCACCAUCACCAUCUCUACAAUAACAAUAACAAUAACAACAACGUUACCGACAACAACCACCGCGAUGACGGCCAUCAUCAUCACCGGGAACAGCACCACCACCAAGAUCGCGACGAUUCGGCCGACGACAACAUGAUGCCGUUCGACCUGUCCCGAAACGGAGGCAGCACGCCGUCUUCUUCGCCGCGAUCGCCGCACCGAUCGCAACGUAUGUCGCCGGCCGCGUUCAAACCGUACGACGGUUCCGGCGCCGGUGUCAACAACGAUCAGCCACUCGAUCUCCGGGUGGACCACAAAAAGUCGCGCCGUGGCGACGAGCUGGAGGACGAAAACCAGAAUCUCAUAAUCAGGACGCCGUCACCGGAGGACAUCGAGGUCGACAGCCCGGGACCACCGUCCACGCAGCCGUACCAGUUGCCCUCUCACCACAACCACAAUCGCAAUAUCGUCGUGCACAGUCCCUGUUCGUCCGACAAGGACGUGAACGUCACCGACGACCAAGAGCAACAACACCAACAUCACCAUCAGCAACAGCACCAUCAUCACCACCGACGGGCCACUAGCAUUACCGUCGACGACGAACGGCACCACCAUCACCGGAUGGCCAACUACCCGGUGCUGUUUCCGCCGCAACAGUUGCAUCCCAUGAUGCUGGAAGCCAUGUACCGAGCGAGUGCCAGUGCAGGCGCUGGAGGUGGUGUCAAUGGUGGCGGUGAUAAAUCACGGUUACCCACUUCGCUGGGCGGUUACCCGACCGGUACUGGAAGCGGUUACCAUCGGCCGUCCCAACAUUAUCCGUUCAUUAACUCGCCGCUACUCAACGGGCACCAUCACGUGCCGCCACCCACGUACGACGUGGUCAGGCCACCCCCACCGCCGCCCGUAGCCAGGUCUCCGCAACAAAAGUCUUCCGCGUUCCAGGAGACGACCGGCAAACCGAAAGACAGGUAAAUAUAUUUUAAAAAAUUAAUUCAUGUAGUAUUAGUAUUGUAUGAUAAAGAAAAAAUAUUUCGUAUACAAUGCGUGCGCUGCCGUCGUAGCAGGCGGUGACUUGCUAUUGAUGCGUGUAGACGGAAAAGUGAAAAGUCGAGGUGUGCAGUUUAGUAGAGGAGAACCCGUUUGGAUCGGUGCCAGGGAAACGGGCGUUUAGAUACAGAGAAUAUAGCCAAAGGACGGUACGUUGAAAACGCAGUCGUGCGUGCGAGAGGAACGGGAAAAUUGAAACGCGAAUAAAUAUUACACGCGAUCGUAAAAAAAAAAAAAAAAUUGUUCGCAAAACUCCGCCGGCAGCACCUCGUGAACGGGAAUGCGGCCGAAACUUUAUACCGUUUUAUACGUGCGGUUUAUUUUUUUGAACUGCGGUAUGGAUCUCUGAGCGCAGAGAUAAAUUAAAAACGUAAGUAGCGGGGAAAACCGAGAUGGAUGCGGAUGGAAUGUUAGGAAGAGGCGGACUGAAGAAAAGACAACGCGUACAGACGUUAUAAGGAGGACAAUUGUGUUAAUCGUGCAGGUUAAAUAAAAAAAAAAAAAAAAAAAAAAAAAAACGGUGAUCGAAAAUGGGAGAUGUGGCGGACGAGAAGGAAGAAUUAUGGGCAUCGUGUUUUUUUGUGUCGGUUUAAAGACCGCGGGAAACCAAAGAUUACGCAUAACCCGCCCGUGCCGAGUCGUUAUAACAACAGGCUGUUCUCUGUCCGAAUUUCCAGAUACUCGUGCAAGUUCUGUCAGAAAGUGUUCCCGCGCAGCGCCAACCUGACCAGGCACCUGCGAACGCACACGGGCGAACAGCCGUACAAGUGCAACUAUUGCGAACGGUCGUUCAGCAUAUCUUCAAACCUGCAGCGGCACGUGCGCAACAUCCACAACAAGGAAAAACCGUUCAAGUGUCCGCUGUGCGAACGCUGUUUCGGACAGCAGACCAAUCUGGACAGGCACCUGAAGAAACACGAGGCCGACGGGCCGACCAUUAUGGACGACCGUCUGUCGUCGUCAUCGUCCGCGGCUGCGGCUGCGGCUGCGGCGGCCGCGGCCGCGGCGGCCGAACACCGGCGGCCGGGACGCGGCGGCGGCGGCCAGGGCGGCGAAGAUUCCUAUUUCGAGGAGAUUCGGUCGUUCAUGGGAAAGGUCAGCGAGGACGGCAGCAGGUUCGCCGUCGCGGCCGCGGCCGCGGCUGCUGCGGCGGCGGCGGCGGCCGUGGGCAACCACCGCGGCGGCCGCGGUCACCAUCAGCCGUCCGUGUACCAAAGCGGCCGGCGACAGUCGGGUGCGACGUCCGGCGCCGCGUGCCCGUACAACCGGCGCGGCUCGUCCGGCGACGCGGCUGCCGAACGGUACUCGUCCCGGUCGUCCGCCUCUUCGGCCGGCUCGACGGAAUCUUCGUCGGCGGCCGCCGACGCCUCAGCAUCGGCCGCGGCGGCCGACAAGGAGGGCUCCAACAACACUUGACCCUCUGCCGCCUGCAGCACCAGCAGCAGCGGCACCGCCGGAGCGAAGGGUCGUCACCGCCACCGCGGGUAAGUCUUCUCCGACACGGGCAAGCUUUUGGAUUCGGAGUCGAUGGGUGUAUACUGUUUUAUUAUACAUUAAAGGCCGACGAGCCGGAUGCGAUCUCCAAGGGCCCGGAGCGUACUUCGUAGUAUUAUCGUAUCGUACUCGUACUGUGUCGCGGACCCUCCCCCCUCCCUUUUCUUUUGUUGUUGUACAUUUUCACGAGGUAAUACGAAUAAUAUAAUAUAAUUUGUUUGUAUAGAAUUUAGAUGUUUUUUUUUUUUUUUUAAUAGUUUAUUUUACUUUUUGUUUUUACCAAUCUGAUCAGACGAUUGCGUGUACAUAUAUAGUGUUUUAAGAAUCGCCGAUUUCGAUGAAACGGAUUUUCGCUCCUAAUUAUUCGUCCACCCCUCAACUAGUAUUGUUUUUUUCUUUCCAAUUGUUGUUAAGCCCGAACGAAUUAUAUUAUAUAUUUUAAAAGUUUAGUUCGUUUUAUUUUUCCGUCGAUGUUAUUAUUACUCGCCGCGAGUUUAGCUUUCAAACUAUCGAAAACGUUAUAUUUUUUUGAAACGACUGCAAUUUGAUUAUUUUGUU